AUGGCUACUAUACAGUAUACGGGCGUGUUUGCGCUUUUGAUCGCAGAGGUCGUCACCUUCCUUACCCUUAUUAUUCCGUUCCCGAACAGGUGGAAGCGCAGUGUGUUCACGUGGGCGUCGCGGUCACCGGUGGUGAAAAAGAUCAUUUAUGGCGUCAAGAUAGCGUUUGUCUUUGUCUUUGUCCUGUUCUGCGACGCCGUUGUGCGCCUGAACAAGGUGCGGAAGGACCGCAGCUCGCACCACAUCAUCGAUGACCACGCCCUGUGCCAGUUCAAGGUGCAGCAGUUCUACGCCCAGCGCAACACGUACCUGACCGGCAUCACCAUGUUCCUGGGCCUAAUCCUCGUGUCCACAUAUGCCCUGAUCGGCCAAAUGCUCGAGACGGACAACCAGGUCGAUUCGCUGCGCAAGGAGGCCACUACCUCCAAGGCCAAGAGCGGCGAGACGCUCAAGAAGCAGGCGCAGACGACCCACGACGAGUACAUGCGUCUGUCGGACGAGUGCGAGGCCCUGAGGAAGAAGCUGUCGGCGGAAAACGAAUCCAAGAAGGACGCGUAA